GUGUCCAACUUUGUGCUGAAGUUCUGAUCCUGCCUGGAGUUUGGGGAGAAAAUGGAGGCUCAUUUCAUCAUAUUUACCCACUGAGCUAGGUGUACGCGCUCAACAACCGAGAACCGGACUCUUUAAAGAAAAAAAGUUGCCGUUUAACGGAAUUUAUUCUCUUCAUAUUGAGUUAUUCUCGCCACUUCUAUCACAUGGCGCAGAUUGGCAUCAUCAUCGUUUGGCUCCACGAUGCCCUUGUGACCAGCUGCAUUUCCUGGAAUAAGCUGGAACCUGAGCCUUGAAAAUCACACCAUGUAAUGCCUAUAGUAUUCCUGCCUCACCUUCAUCCACCGCAGCGGGAGCAGGAAUCAAAAGCAGAAAGCGAGAUAGAAAAAAAUUAGGGACAUAGAGUAGGGAUCAUAAAACCUGUGCCUCCAAUCUGUGCUCUUGGAGGCUUUUUAUCUAUUUAGGUCAGCAAGCUUGAAGGGAAUCUUUCGUAGGGUUGUAGGGCAGUGAGUGCCAGUUUGUGUGUGUGAGUGAGUGUGUUCUUGUGUGUGCUUCUGUGUGCGUGUUUCCCUUUUUAGAGUAGGUGCCUGCCCUGUGCACUGUGGCCAUGAGGCCCAAGACUUUCCCCGCAGCCCCGUAUGUGGGAAACACACGGCAGAGGCUUCAAGAGAUCAAGGAGGGCCUGAAGCAGCCGGCCAAGCUGGUGAGCCAGGCUUUACAUGGCAGUAGCUCCAGGAAUGAGGGAGGCAAAGGGGCAGACUCCAAGAGCGGGAAAGACACAACCAGCCGACAGCAGCAGCUCAGACCCCCGCAGAAGUUCAACAACUACCAGAAUGCGCUGCGGGAAAUCCGCAAGUCCCUCAAGCCCUUUGAGUCCGGCUCAACCUCCGGAUCAGGACACCCAGCAGGCGCCGGGGAGGUGAACCGGCAGAUGCUGCAGGAGUUGGUGAACGCUGGUUGUGACAAGGAGAUGGCGAUACGGGCGCUGAAGCAGACGGGCAGCAGGAACAUUGAAGCAGCUUUAGAGUACAUCAGCAAGAUGAGUUACCUCGACCCUCGGAAUGAGCUCAUCGUUCGUGUCAUCAAGCAAACUUCCCCAGGAAAAGCUGGCAUGCCAAAUUCAAUGGACCACCGGCCUGCAUUGGAGGCUUCAGGUGAAGCAGGUGCCAUGCCUCCGUAUCAUCAACUGGGGAAUUCUAUGUAUGACGGGGCAAAAGGUUAUGGCCCUGAGGGUGAGAUGCCCAGACCAUAUAUGAAUGCUCCACCUGUUAUGAACUACAUGAUGCCCCCGUCUGGUGCAGCACAGGUCACUGGAAUGGGAAACCCGUUGGGUCGGCCUCCCAGUAUGGGUACCUAUCCAUCUGUUAUGGCCACCCAGAGCAACCCAGGCAACACUAUGUACCCCCCAGGGGCACAGCAGAAGGGCUACCCUGGCAGUAUGGAGCAGCAUGGGCCUAUGAUGAGCUACAAUGUGCCUGGCCAGCCUUUACAGCUCCAGCCACAACCACCAGGUGGCCCUGUCCCAGGCCCACACUAUGACUACAGCCAUGCCAGGACACACAUGAUGGAGUCUGCAGGCUAUGGAGUCAAGAGGACCCCUUCCUUCCAAAACAAGAUGCCACCGCCCCCCAUGUCACCCACAGAUAAUUAUGUCAAUAUGCAAGGGAAAGGAGGCAUGGGUCAGAAUGGGCCAGCGGGAGGAGGUGGAGGAUAUCCUGCUAACCUGUACCUCGCCCCUCACUCUCACCCUCGACAGGCCAGCCCCACCUCACACCAAGUCCACAUGAUGUCCCGUUCCCCAGGUGCUGUGGCCAUGGUCCCUGACUUCUCAGAUCUGCCCCAGGGCUUGAUGACACCUUCUAGGGCCAGCCUCAACUUGGACCUUUAUGAGCACCCCUGGGCAGGGCCGCCAGGUCCUGAAGGGGCCCCUCAGUCUAGACAGCCACAGCCCCAGGGCCCAUUCAGAGGUGAAGUGCGUGUCCCCAGCAGAACUAACUCCUUUAACAGUCGCUCUGCAGGCCCAAAUGCUGUCCGGCCUGGGAUGGCUGCACCACCUGCUAAUGGGAAACAGGAUCCUUCUUUGGGCCCCCCUAAUACCAUCACAGCUGUAACAUCCCCACCCAUCCAGCAGCCUGUCAAGAGUAUCCGUGUAAUGAGGCCAGAACCUAAGACAGCUGUGGGACCAUGUCACCCUGGCUGGAUGACUGCUCAGGCCCAGGAUGCAUCAGAGCCUCUGCCCUACAUGCCAGAAGAAACAUACCCGCUCGAGCCUGCUCAGGAGCCACGCUGUCCACCACCACCCUACCCCAAAAACCUCCUAAUGUCUGGGGCGGCGGGUGAUACGGGGGCCCUGGAAGGAGCUGCAGGUGUGUGUGGAGCUCAGGACCUCAACAACCCUGCUGCAAGAAGUACUCACAGUGGCAGCGGAGGGAGUGGAAAGGCUGAGGAGAGCCAGCCAGUGAAAGAGAAGACAAAGAUGGGGAAGGGAGAAAAAACAGUGAAAGACAAGAAGCAGAUCCAGACAUCCCCUGUUCCCGUGAGGAAAAAUGGACAAGAUGAGGAAAAGAGGGAGUCACGUAUCAAAAGCUACUCACCUUUUGCCUUCAAGUUCUACAUGGAGCAGCACAUAGAGAAUGUGAUGAAGACCUACCACCAGAAACUCAACCGCAGGCUUCAGCUGGAACAGGAGAUGUCCAAGGCCGGCCUUUCCGAAGCAGAGCAAGAACAAAUGAGGAAGAUGCUGUACCAGAAAGAGUCCAACUAUAACAGGCUACGCCGUGCCAAAAUGGACAAGUCCAUGUUUGUCAAAAUCAAGACGCUGGGCAUAGGUGCUUUUGGCGAAGUAUGUCUUACACGUAAAGUCGACACUGGUGCACUUUAUGCCAUGAAAACACUGCGCAAGAAAGAUGUCCUUAAUCGUAACCAGGUGGCUCACGUGAAGGCAGAGCGCGAUAUCCUGGCGGAAGCGGACAACGAGUGGGUGGUGCGUCUCUACUACUCCUUCCAAGACCGUGACAGCCUCUACUUCGUCAUGGACUACAUCCCCGGCGGAGACAUGAUGAGCUUGCUCAUCCGAAUGGGGGUCUUCCCUGAACUUCUGGCACGCUUCUAUGUGGCAGAGCUGACAUUAGCCAUCGAGAGCGUACACAAGAUGGGCUUUAUUCACCGCGACAUCAAGCCAGACAACAUCCUCAUUGACCUGGAUGGACAUAUCAAGCUGACAGAUUUUGGUUUGUGCACAGGCUUCCGCUGGACACACAACUCCAAGUACUAUCAGAAGGGGAGCCACAUUAGACAAGACAGCAUGGAGCCCAGUGAUUUCUGGGACGAUGUAUCCAACUGCCGGUGUGGCGACCGGCUGAUGACACUGGAGCAACGCGCCAACCGACAGCACCAACGCUGCUUGGCACACUCCCUGGUGGGGACGCCCAACUACAUCGCCCCCGAGGUGCUCCUGCGCAAAGGUUACACACAGCUGUGUGACUGGUGGAGUGUGGGAGUGAUCCUGUUUGAGAUGCUGGUGGGACAGCCGCCUUUCCUUGCCCCCACGCCCACUGAGACUCAGAUUAAGGUCAUUAACUGGGAGAGCACUCUGCAGGUGCCCGCCCAGGUCAAACUGAGCCCAGAGGCUGUCGAUAUCAUCGGUCGCCUGUGUUGCUCUGCAGAGGAUCGCCUGGGUGCCAAUGGCGCUGGUGAGAUCAAGGCCCACCCCUUCUUCUCCCAGGUGGAUUUCUCUAGCAAUCUGCGGCAGCAGCCGGCCCCCUACCGGCCCAAGAUCGCCCACCCAAUGGACACAUCCAACUUUGACCCAGUGGAGGAGGAGGGUGGUCCCGGUGCAUGGAGUGACAGCGGGGACAGCACCCGGGCUUUGGAUGCUCUCUGCUCCCCUCAUGGGAAGCACCCAGAGCACGCCUUCUAUGAGUUUACCUUCCGCAGGUUCUUUGACGAUAACGGCUGCCCCUUCCGCUACCCUAAACCGCUCGAGACAAGCGAGGUGUCGCUAAGCAUACCUGGAGCCAUCGGAAUGGGCCCAGACGAGGAGGAGGAACAAGAAGAGGAGGACGAGGAUGAGGAAGAUGAAGAGGAAGAAGGAGAGCAGGAGGAGGGGUGUGAGCCCGUGUAUGUGUAGAGCUGCAUGCUGACAGUCUUCCUGAGUGGCUCGUGUCUCUUAGCUGCCCUCGUCAUUCAGCUCAUGACCCUCCCACCUAUCACUUCUCUUCUCAUGUAUAUGUAGAGGUGUGCAUGUGUCUCUGUGAUUGUUGAACUGCAAGAACAGGGUAGAUGAACACUGCCCCCUUGUGGAAUGCAUAUAUACAAAACAUCCCCUCAUCUGGGACCAAGAAACGGCAGGUGUGAGCACCCACAUCGAGGGUGAAGCGUAGGUGGUCAGGAGAGCAGGACUCAGACACUGUACUGGUCGAAAGGAGAUUCUGGUUCUUCCAGGAGCCUCUUGUCCCAUUCCUUCCACCUUUGGUCUUACGGACAAUUAAAACACCUCCACAGUGACCUUCAGACACAGGAUCUACUUCCUGUUCUAACUGAGCUGCUUUACACUCAAAUAUUUGACACAGCAAUGUGAAGAGUGGAACCAGUUUACUUGUUGAUUGCGCCUGUUUUCACAGCUGCUGCAAAAUAAGCUACAAAGACACGCAUACGCACACACACGCACACACAGCUCAGUAGUGUAGGGAUGUUGGAUUUCAGGUUGAUUUCAGUGUCCAUAUUGAGGUUUCAAGAGGUUGGCUCACACUAGGUGGACAAAGAAAUUCUUCCAGAGUCCUUUGACACACACUCGCCCACAGAAAAAGAGUUGCAUUCUUGUGGUGUGAGAGAAAAAUGUGUCCUUUUUUUUUUGCAGCAGUUAGUUUUCAGAAUCUUAUAUAUCCACACCUGCCUCAUUUUGUGCCAACUUCAGCUCAGUGUAAUGUUUUGGAGCCUGAUGCUUUUUAACUCAGUUUUCUGUUACAAAUAUUCUUGUGUUGUUAAAAUGCUUCCAGUCACCGAGUUUCUGUCCUAACUUGGCUCUAAAUUGGGCUCUAAAAGUCAAGCCAGGUUUAGUUUGCAGUAAAUUCUUCUCUUGAGUUAGAUCAGAUGAAAGAAGCUCUUGUAUUGAAAUUAUACUAUCUGUUUACUGUGGAGCAGGUUGCUAGCACGUCACAUAUUUUCUCAGUCUUCAAGAGAAUUAAGAGAACCCCCCUGAUCUAUACAGGAUCUGUUGGGUCAGAUUAGGCUUAGUUAGUUGGGUUGGACUGAGAAUCAAAGCUCCAAAUACACACACAUAUUCACUAAGAUGCACACUUGUACAGCUAUUUAGCAAAGAUCAGUCCGACAGUUGUAACUUUGUAAAUUGUAACUUAACCAAUCUCCUGUGAUCUGGAGGAUAUCAUGAAAGAAAAACAACAAAACAAAGCAACAUGUCCUUACAACAGCCAAACAUGUGAUAGUAUGACUAUGUGCAAUACAAAAAAACAUUAUAUAUAGUUUUCUAAACACUUACUAUCCUUUUAAAAAUUUAGUUCUGAAAUGUACAAAUAUAUUGGUUUAUAUAAAUAUAUAUAUAUAUAUUCUCUUUUCAGUUACAUCAUGCUGCUUAUUAUUGUGUUUAAUAUUAUUUACAUUAUUAUUAUAAUUGUUAUUACAUGUGUUUUUUGUGGUUGUGGUGAAAGAAGUGUCGACUUAAGUGUGUCUGGGGUUUGAAAGUAACGAGCUGAGUGCCUUUCUAACUGAAUAUCAGAGUGCGUGACGCCACUCGACGACGAGCGUGGGGGUGUGGAUGAUGAUAAGUGUCGCAGCACAUUCGAAGGUAGGCUCUUCUCCUGCUGCAGCCAGGCUGGCCCUGAGUGUAGAGGAGGGGAGUCAGAAGUGUUUCUGUUUCAGAGAGAGAGAUGGAAUCGAGUUAGGAGAUGAAGAGCAGGGAGGAAAGUUGGCUUCGGGAAAUUCAGAGGAAAAAAAGAAUAUGAAUAUGAAUAGCUUUCUCUAUUUACAACUUCAACAAAGAGUUAGUGUUUUGGUACAUGUUCUUUUAUUUAUCCAAAAUGACCACAAGUUCAAGUGUUUGUGUGUAUAACUCUGUACUUUUUACUACAGACCAGUGCCAUGUUGUGUGUUGGACUGCUGCUCAUCAGAUGACGCUAACAUCCAGUACAUUCUUGCUUACAGACAAUCAGCCAGCAAUUCUGCCGAACUGAACUGUUUGGUAAAUUAAUCCCAAACUUUCCAGGAGUAUUCUAAAUUUCUCUCGAUGACUGGGGACGCUGAAAAGGUCACAGCUUUCGAGCGAUUCUGUGUGGAUAAGAUUUGUUACAGUUGAUUUUUGUUGUUUUGCAUUUUUUCCCUGUAAACGUGCCUUUUCUAAUACCAGCAACACAAUGUUAAACGACUGCCUUCUUACUUUGGUCAUAAUUUUCAGAGACUUCUUAUACCUGUUGUUAUUCUUGAUUGGGGGAAGGUAACAGAGUGUGCUCUAUUUCACAUCAGCGCUUGCUGUGCUUACACACGACAGUCACUCUUUAAUUUAGAAUGAGCAGAUCAGAUUUUCAAUUAACAGUCAACAAUCAACAGUGCAAUAUUACUGCAAUAUCUUUAAAAAAAUUGAAAAAUAGCCGUAAUGCUGUUUUGCUAAUCUAGAGCUUUGUUUAUUGUAGAUUUUAUUUAUUUUUUUUUUUUAAUGAAUCAAAUUUUAAAUUGGAGUGCACGGAUGGGUCAAGACCAUCUUUAACCAUGAUUUUAAAAAAAACAUACAAAGAUGACAAUUACAAGGUUAUUUACAAUAUGAUCAUAUGCACAGUUUUGACAUGUUAAGAAUAUUACAGUAAUGGUCAAUACACAGCAUUCAGAUAGCUUUUUUUCAGUUAUUAUUUUUUUGUAACUUUUUUAGUUGCUAUGCAUUGUUUUAGGAAAGGGAAACAGGGUUUUCACCACUGUACAGUGUUACAUCUCAGGUGUUGUUUAAACUUCGGAAGCUGCUCCUUGGUUGUUUUUUGUUUUUCUUUCUCCAGACCGAAGUGGAUAGUUCAAAGUUCAAAUUUCACAUCAGAUUUAAUCAUCUGUUGCAUUGUUCAAAACAUAGUUUAGCUAUUUGUUAUGACUGUGUCCAGUGGUGGUUUAAGGUAGAGUAGCAGUAUUGUGUGUGUAAACACAGCCAAAGUUUUGUCUGCGAGCUGAUAAAAUGGGAUCCAUCACAGAUGAUGUGGUGAUGCAUCGCCUCACUGAGAUUGUCGCUGCUCUGUUGCUGUUUCCCCAUUCAUUUUUUUCUCUCUCAGCUGGUCCAGACAUCUAACACUUCUCUAAAUAUCAUUGACUGCAUUGCCAAUCCACACUGACCAGGAUGAACUGUUCCUUUAACGAAAAAAGCUUUAUAAUUACAGCCAUGGCUCUCUGCCGAGUGUGUGAGUGCCACAAAGUGUGUGAGGUGUUUCUUGGAUAUGUUUCGUUUUUCUGUUUUUAAGGUUUGAGAGUAGUGACUGACAAUCUUUGACUGACUUUAUGUCCUCUAUUCUGAUUUCUUCUCAAGACUUAUUCAUGUAUCCUUUACAUUUUGUGUUUUUACUCUACAAAGUCUUUGCUUGUCUUUAAUGUGUGAUAAAAUUCUGUUACUCUUGAAUUUAUAUUUAUACAGAUAUACAUAUUUUUUGUAUCUUUUCUCCUUUUUUCCCCUCCCCUGAGUUCCCCUGUGCUAAUGUUAAAACAUGUCUACACAGUAUUAUAGAUGAUGUAAUUUGGACAGCUCUCUCUUGUUUUACAUUUAUGUAUGAACUGAGAAUUUGUAAAUUCUUUCACUGUCCUUGUGUGUAAAAUAUAUGUAUAAAUUAAAUUAA